AAACACCCAGAGGUUUGUUCUUUUGUUCUGCACUGCUGCAAUAAGUUUGAGUGAGAUAAAUAUUAUCAGUACUGGCAGUGCAUUUCGAAACACAGCCCAUGUGCUGAACUGAACUGAACUCUAUUACACUUUCGGCAAGUUCCGGUCGUGAUGUACGUCGUAUGUUCAACUCUAUUUUUCAAUAAAAUAUAUGAUGAUUGAAGCCGAUAAGAUGUUACAUUUGAGGAAAUACGUAUUGACCGUUCUCAGAUGCGACACGAAAUUGCACGUAGCUCGUUCACUGUACUCAACGUCGCCGUCGGUGCGCAAAGCAGGUUAUGUACGUCACUCGUUGCAUCAUUGUCGUGUUCCGCAGACAAAUUUGCGGCCAAAUUACACAGCGUGCGGAAUCAGGACAUUUAGUACAACAAUCGCACAAUCAUCAGCUGAUGAAGUUAACCAGAAAGUGACAUCGUUUUGCAACGACGUAAAACACGACCAGACAUGCCCAGUGGACAGAUUGAAGGAAGUUAUCUGGUUAUGCGACGAAAACAACUAUCAGUUGCAGCCCGAUACAAGCGUGCUGCUGUUAAAAUGCUGCGGCAGUCCACUAUCUACCGUGACACCCAACGAGAGGCAAAAUCUCGCCAAUCAGGUAUGGCGGCUCGUCAAGGAAAACGGCGGCGCGCUCACGUUAGAACAUUACAACACGUUGCUAAAUGUCCAUGUGGAGAACUCUAGCUCCGUGGAUCCCGAGAAGUUUCUGGCCGAUAUGAAUGUGCAGCCAGAUGAUGACACAUAUCGCCUGCUGUUUAAUAAUGUUGCCAAAACAGGCAAUACUAAGCACCUGCAGAGUAUCAUGUCUAUGAUUUUGAGGAAGACUAUCUCGCUCGAUCAGGACGUCUUGUGCACAUUGGUGCAGACUCUUUUGACCAAUGGUAAUACCACUGCAGCACUAAAUGUCAUUACAUCUAUGCAGAAUGCAAAUCUGCCCAUUAACAAGAUGUACACCGAGCUGGCUUGUGAGUAUGCGACACAAGGCGAUAUCUCUAACGUGAUGAAAAUUCUAAAAGAUGAGCCACAGAGCAACGUGAGUCUAUUUAGAAUCAUAAAAUCCUUGAGCUUGUCUGGUAAUGGCGGACACAUCCCUGCUGUUGCGAAUUUCCUUACAGGCCCACUGCCAACAAUCGAGUCUGAGAUAAAAAAUUUGAUAGAGGAACUGGUGCGCGCCGACCGAGCCAUGGACGCGCACGCGAUCAUAAAUUGCGUCGUGUCGAAUAAAGAGGCCGCACAGCACACGACGAGCUUCAUAAACAACUUCCUGAACAAGCUGAUUAUGAUGAACGUACCUGCUAAGGACAUCACGAAAUCCGCGAGCAAUUUCGUACAGUCGGGAUGCGAACCUGAAGUUUUGACCAACAUAGCCGAGACCUCGUUGAAGCUCGGCAGGGAAAAACUGAGCCUCGCGAUAUUCACAGCGAUACGGGAAAAUGGCAUCGAAAUACGUCCGCAUUAUUAUUGGCCUCUGCUGUUGGAUGCGCAGCGAAACGAGGGCGAGGCCAAGAUAUACUCACUCAUCGCGUCCAUGCGUGCCAUGGACAUCGAUAUUGACGUUGAUACGGUGACCGGUUACGUAUUGCCGUUCGUAAACACUGUGAAUCCACUCCAUACGAUGGAGAGAUUAAAAAUGAACGGCGUACCUGAAAGUGUUUUGAACACGUCUAUGAUAUACUUCCUGCUGAAGAAACAUCGGCUAGAGGAUGUGUUGUUUGUGUGCCAGGACACAGACCUGAAACUGAACUACAAAAUACUGAUGACACCACUGAUGCACGUUUACUUCGCUACGCGAGACAUUGAAAGAUGCGCGAAGGUGUUAACUGUAUCUAAAAAGGGUUCCGAUUUUGUCGGCCUGUUUUUGAUGAAGCUGCUGAAAAACAAGUAUCCAAUACUCCACAUACAGGAACUUCAGGACUUGUUGAAAACAUUUGACAAGCAUAAUGUGAAAUUCUCGCAACAUGAUAGCAAUUUUCUCAAGAACAAAAUUGACAUCUUUGAUGUCGAUCUUGAGACGAAAAUGAAUCUGUACAAAAUAAUCGACAAAAUGGUAGAAAAGAAGCUGCGGUUCUCCACGAUGAUAACCAUGCCGCAUCCAAGAUAUAUGAGUCCCAGUGAACUCGCCUGCCACUUCAUCUGGAUGAACAGUAAAGGAGGCGACACUAAAUACAUCCUGAAAUAUCUAUUAGAAGCAUAUUAUUUGGAUAACAAUCUGAAGAAAGCAGAGAAGAUAAAGCAAGAGUACGAUAUGAAGCAGUAUCCCUGGACAACCGAGAUGAAAAUACAAUUGUUCAUUCUGUAUGUCGAGCACGGCAAACUGAAAGAAGCCGAGACGUUGCUGGCCGAGACGUUGCUGGCCGACAUCAAAAUGACUGACCAGUUCCCGAAAGACAGAAACAUGAUCCUACUGUUCGCCACCGCGUUGGUGAAGGUGGACAAACCGAAGAUAGCCUUUCAUAUUAUCGAGAACUUUUUUAACGUCAACAACAGGAAGAAUAUGUUCAAGAAUUGUGUCAAACUUUUGACCGCGCUGGCAGAAAGCAAGUAUCACAACAACACAAAGGAUAUGUUGUACUUUUUGACUGAGAAGAAGUAUUGCAAAAUUACCAACGAUGUGCUGCGGCCGCUGGUAGCGAUACCCUUAAAGCAGAAAGAUAUCCCAUCGGCGAUAGCAAUACUAACAAAAUGCUUGCAUAUGUACAAGAAGAUACCGAUGGCGGUGGAGGUGUUUACGGAGUUAUUACGUGAGAAAGAUAAUGAGAACGUACAGAGAGCGAGUAAACUCAUAGAAGAGAUGUACGAUAUGAUAGCGAAUAUACAUGGCAUCCAGGAGGCCAAUACUUACAUGAUAAUGGGACUAGCAAAUUUAAAUAAAAUGGAAGAACUGCGAAAUAUAUUGCAGGAGCAAAAGAUUUCUAUGUCAGUUAUUAUUCGCCAAUUCACUUACAUGCAGAAAUUAGACGACACAAAGUGCUUGUUGAGAAUUCUCGAGGCGAGUCAGGAUACGAGCAAUGUGGAUCAAGUUUUCUUAUGCGACAUGCUCCUUAGCUUUUACAGUAAAAUAGGCGAUCAAAAAAGCAUUUUCACGCUUUUGGAAUUGAUACGUGCAAAAAAUAUCAAUCCCGGCAAAUCUUUCAAAAUUGGUUUUACUGAAUUUUGCCAGUUGAAUAAAAUACCACUCCCAGCCGAAUUCGAGUCGGAAAUUAAUAAGAUAAAUGUUAACAUUCAGUGAAUAUGCAAAUAUCGUGAACAAUUACAAAACAGUGACAAUACGCAUGAGAUAAAAACAAUUCAAUCGUAGAUAUAGCUAAGAAUAUUGUCGUCGUUAUCUCAUGUUCGCAUUAUUACUGUUUUCAAAUAAAUAUUGUUAGAUUUGAAAAAGGUAUUGACAAUUUAUAACUCAAUAAAGAGACUUCAGAUUUUCCUGAAGCACCAGACCGUAAUCGUCGAUUAA